GAAUAUUUGUGGAUUAUAUUGUUCUUGUGCACUUUACAUUCCGUAUACUCUCAAAAUGCAUUUUCUCAAAACACAUUUGAUGUCACGAAAUACGGAGCCGUUGGAAACCAAAAGACAGAUGACUCACGUGCUUUUCUAAAAACGUGGGCAACAGCAUGUGCGGCAAAUGCAGCCGAGGUCACCAUUGUAGUCCCCCAAGGAAAAACUUUCUUGGUUAAUACCGCAACAUUUCAAGGUCCAUGUAAAGCAAAACGACUUCAUUUUCAGGUGAAUGGUAACGUUGUGGCACCAAGUUCACCGUCGAGUUAUAACGCUGAUUCCUGGUUCUCGUUCCAUCGUCUUAACGGUUUGAUCAUUGAAGGCAAUGGACAAUUCGACGGCAAGGGAGCCAUGUGGUGGAAACGUUGUCCCAUAGUAUGUAAUUACAGACAUAUAAUAUUCUUGGACCGGACUUGUUGUAUAUACCGUGUCUAUGUUUUUCCAAGGAGUCAUUUUGGCCUCAAUUCUUGUAGCAACGUUAAUAUCACCGGCGUUCACAUCUCUGCUCCUGCAUCAAGCCCUAACACCGACGGAAUCAAUAUUAAUUACUCUAGUUAUAUCUAUGUCACUGACACACAAAUCUCCGUAGGUGAUGAUUGUGUCGCAAUCCAGAGUGGUUCUUCUCAUAUCUAUAUAACAAGGGUCACUUGCGGUCCAGGCCAUGGAAUCAGUAUAGGGAGUCUAGGAGUUAACGGAGAAAAAAACCCAACAGUUGAAGAAAUACAUGUGAGAGAUUCGAUUAUAAACUCAGCUACUAAUGGUUUAAGAAUCAAAACUUGGGAGGGAGCUGGAGGAUAUGCGAGACAUAUCUCAUAUUAUAACGUUACCGUUGAUUCAACUUACAACCCAAUCAUCAUCGAUCAACAAUAUUGCCCGCGUAAUAACUGCGGAAACGAUUCUAAUAAAAAUGAAGCAAAUGCGGUGAAGAUCAGCGAUGUAUCAUUUACGAAAAUCAAGGGGACGAUAAAAGGCAAUGUUGGUGUAAUGCUAAAUUGUAGCACAUCUGUAGGAUGCACGGGACUGGUUUUGAAGGAUAUCGACUUAAAAUCGGCUGAGGGUGGCAAUAAAAUUCCUCUAUCAAUGUGUAGUAAUGCUCACGGAAAGGUUUACAACACGCAGCCACCAGUUACUUGUGUCGUACCUUAG